AUGGCUAAUCAAUCUGCUGGGCUUGAGUCGUUCAACAUAACCACGAUUCUCGACAAAUCCCCCAACAUGAGCUCUGAUCCGCGCUAUGAAAAGAUCAUCUCGAACCCUGCACCUUCUGACUCGUUCCCUAUUCGUGUUGAUAUCAACGAGUUGUUCAAGGAUGAUGAGGAAUACGAUCGUACCUUCGAGUCGGUAAGUCAAUUUCUGUCGCGACAUUUCCUUCAAUUUUGUCCAUUCAGACAUGGGACUCAAUCAAUUUCUAUUGAAGCAAGGCGCUAACGAGAAAGCAGUUCAUCAGUAAUAUGCCAGGACCAGAGGAGGAUGCCACCACCGUUGAGAAAUGGCUGCGAACCUGGUUCGGCGCCACUGGUGCCUUCCAAUACUACAGCAAGGGCGUCUUGCAAUUUUGCAAGCGCGUUAAGCUUUCGGGGAAAGAUCUGGGAGAAGGAACGCCAAUUCACAUGGUACACAUGGCGGUUCGAUUCCGUCAGCGCAAUUAGUAAGCCCUCUCUUCCUGCCUCGUUAGCAGGCGUAUAAAUUCCUAUCUAGAUCUCGUACUAACCACUUCCAGCUUCUACGGUGGCAAACUAAUGCCAGACAUAAUCGUCGCCUCGAUUUACGACUACGUCCAACGCGCUCGCCUAGUCAACCAAUUGCGUCGCGGUCUCCCGGUUGACAUUGAGUACUUCAAUUGUCUCAAAGCGAACGAGAAGGAUCUCCUGGCUCGCGAGAGCAUCAAGAAGGUUGUGGAGGAUAAGGCGAGAGCCGAUAUCCUGGAGUAUCUGGAGGCGCGGGGAUUUGAGCUGGACAAAACUGAGGAUCCGCUCGGUGACCACUUGGUGGAGGAGGCGUGGCGUUUUAAGGGGGAUUUUAAGGAGCGCCUUCGGGCCUUGAAGAAGGAGAGAGUGAGGAGGAGGGUUUCCGCGGAGUUUUUGGAGUUUUGA